ACCCCGCGCUGAGCUGUGAUCAGCUGGAGAUCUGAUCCGGAUCCUACUGACCCCCUUCAGACCGGGACCAGGACCGGGCUGCUGCCGGUCCGGGACUCAGACACGGAGGAGAGCUCGGUGCCGUUACGCAGCAGGACAGCGGGUCAUGUCCAGCUAGGACCGGCUCCCAGCAGUCCACUAUGCUGAAGCAUCUGGACCGGAUCCGGUUCCGGGGUCAGAGACGGGACGAGUUCCUGGACCUGGUCGACUCACCGAACACGUCUGAUACAGAAUGCAGCGAAGAGACGAUGAUGAAACCUCACUGCUCCAUCAGAGAGGGGGAGGAGCCAGAGCCGGAGCCACAGGUUGAUGAACCUCGAUCAGAUCUAAACGAGGUUAAAGCUCAUCUAGAGAUCGCCUUGCUAGAGAAACACUUCCUGCAGGAGGAGCUCAGGAAGCUGCGUGAUGAGUCCAGCGUUGACUCUCUGAAGCAGGAGCUGGAGAAGGAGCGCAGCCGCAGCUGUGAGCUGGAGCAGAAGAUCAGCGAGGUGCUGAGGUCAAGAGCUGAAGAUUCACCGUCUCUGACAGCCAGAGCGCCGUCACCUCCGCCCCCCCCGUCCCCCCCGCUACCUGCAGCCAGCAGCACAGACAAACAGAAGGAAACUCUGUCCAACAGUUGGUUGAAGUGGCUUUAUGAGCGUUUCGGUGUUUACGUGGAAGACUUCCGCUUCCAGCCGGAGGAGACGACGGAGGAGACGGAGGAGCCGCUCAGCGCCAAGAGGUUGACUGAAAACAUGAGACGCCUCAAGCGAGGAUUCAAACCUGUGACGAACUUCAUGAGGAACCUUUCUGCCUUAUCUACCUGGUACUCUGUAUACACAUCAGCCAUCGCCUUCUUUAUCUACAUGUAUGCAGCGUGGUACGGUUGGACCGUCCCCAUGUUCCUGUUCUUCGCCAUCCUCCGCCUCUCUUUGAAUUACCUCAUCGCCAGAGGCUGGAGGAUCCAGUGGAGCAUCGUACCUGAAGUCUCAGAGCCUGAGGAGCCUCCUAAAGAAGACCUGACGGUGUCGGAGAAGUUCACGCUGGUUCUGGACGUCGCUCAGAAAGCUCAGAACCUUUUUGGGAGGAUGGCGAACAUCCUGGAGAAAAUCAAGAAUCUGUUUAUGUGGGUUAAACCAGAGUUGACUCAGAAGCUGUACGUGGGUCUGUGGUUGGUCUUCAUCUCAUCCUGCCUGCUGCCGUACAAACUGCUGGGAUUCAUCAUCGGUGUGUAUGCAGGUAUAAAGUUCUUCAUCAUAGACUUCAUCUUUAAGAGUUGUCCUAAGCUGCGUCAGCGUUUCGACACUCCGUUCAUCAUCUGGACGAGUUUACCCACCGACCUGCAGCUGAAGGAACGCAGCGGCACCGCCAUGAGCAGACGGGUCCAGGCUGGGGGGGCCCGAGCCACUGUUGGUGCUGCAGCUCCUCUGAGUGUGAGCCGGGAGGAUGGGGAGGGGGGGCGGUACUACAGCACGAAGAGAGGAGCGUUCCACGAAGUGUUCAACCUGCCGGAGGACGAGCGUCCGCUGACAGUGUGUGAGAACGGUUGGCGCUGCUGCCUCAUCAACCGGGACAAGAGAACUCCGUCAGACUACAUCCGCAACGGAGUCCUGUACAUCACCGAGAAUUAUUUGUGUUUUGAGAGCUCGAGCUCGAGGUCCGGAUCGUCCAAGAGGAACAAAGUCAUCAAACUGCUCGAUAUCACGGACAUCCAGAAGUACAAAGUGUUGUCGGUGCUUCCUGGUUCUGGGAUGGGUAUCUCCAUAGCAACACCAUCCACCCUGAAGCCGAUGGUGUUUGGAGCCAUGAUGCAUCGGGACGAGGCCUUCGACGCCAUCUUCACCCAGUACACGAAGAUCGUUGCCAUGGCUACGGCCACCGACCCAGAACCAUAGUAACACCGAACCUCAGAUUAAGUUCAGCUGAUCCCUGGUAUGACAUCAGUAUCAGCUGAUCCCUGGUAUGACAUCAGAAUCAGCUGAUCCCUGGUAUGACAUCAGAAUCAGCUGAUCCCUGGUAUGACAUCAGGAUCAGCUGAUCCCUGGUAUGACAUCAGGAUCAGCUGAUCCCUGGUAUGACAUCAGGAUCAGCUGAUCCCUGGUAUGACAUCAGGAUCAGCUGAUCCCUGACCUCACUGAGCCGGCUAACUGCUAAACACACACCUACUGAGCAUGUGCAGAGUCAGCCACAGAAAACCAGUGAAGAAGAAACAAUUUGUUAUUGGGGUUUUUAUUUGUUUGGUUUUGGGGGUUUUUAUGUGUAAAAUGUUUAUUGAUCAUUUAAACUCUAUCAGAGUUGCACUGUUACUGUAAUCAGAGUACUUUAACACUGGUUGCAGGUGGAGGGAAGUAUUUAAUGAGCUGGUUUCACUGGGUCUGAUUCUGUUUGUGAAGGUGGAGAGUUUAACAAACAAGCUGUCAACGUAUCAUCCUUCUGUUUAUUCAGUUUUUACAGAACAUUUUAGUUAAUUUCUCUAUUAGCCAUUGAACUGGACAGCAGCUAGUCUUCCUGCGGUUCACAAUUAACUCUGAAAAAAAAACAAAUAUUACACAAAAAAUCCAACACAACAACUACAGAUGAAGGAGUAAAAGAGAGUAGCAAUACAUGUUCAAAUCAUGCAGGAACAAAACUAGAAAGAGGAAAAAGAAAUAAACACAUUUAGACAAAGUCUUCCCAGGUUAGCCGGCUCAGUGCUGCUGGUAUCAGUUAUAUUACGCUGCAACGUUUACUAUACAAUGUGUUUAAAAUGCUGAAAUUAUGAUUUUUAAUUCAUACUUAAUAACAGUUUUAUAUCACGGUGAAUUCUUCAUCGUUCGCUGUUUAUUGAUUAUUUUCAUUAUUGAUCUCAUAUUGCCAAUAUAUAUUUCCUCAGUUAAUCAUCAGUGAUGUCAUCAAAUGUCCCAAACUGAAAGGAAAUACUGUUUUAAUAAAGUUUUUUAUUUUCUAUUUUUGCUUCAAAAAUAUUUAAUUUUAUUUAAUUUAAAGUUUUUUUUCAGCUGUGUGUGUGUGUGUGUGUCAACCAAUCAGAUUUAGCCAACAUGUAACGAGCCAAUCACAGUGAGCGGUUCAAGCUGCUCCACAGCGCCUCCUGGUGGAGGAGCUGCAGCUUUCCAGUUCAUAGUUAGUGUUCCUCUGGGUUUACUGUAUAAGUUCAUGACUUCCAGUUAAUAUCACAGUUGUUUACAUGUGUGUGAAUGAUCAUUCAGCUGCUGCUUCAAGGUGGGAACUGUUUGUUUUCUAUAUGAAUAGAAAGACUUUGCUCUCAUGUUGUUGUUUUAUCCAAACUAAAAACUAAAGCUCACAAACACAAAUCAUCUGUUCCCAAUAAGUUGUUUUAAUGUAGUUUUUUCAGCUCAAACUAAACUAAUGAAGUUAAAGGUACGUUAUCUUUUAGCUGACAUCGUAGCCUAAAAGCUCAAAUAUUGAUGUUUUUUUAAUAUAGUUGUAAAUGUUUUUUACUAUAAAACAAGGUGAUAACUCUGAUAAAUACUGCAGCUUUGUUCCUGCUGCUCUUCACAUCUUCUUUUCUUCUGGGAUUACAUUUAUUUUUAUUUACUUUAAAUGAAUUAUAAUUUUAGUUCAAUAAUAAUGAACAGAAUGUAUAAACAGUCUGAAGGCUGUCACACCAGCAUUUAUCAUUUAUUUACUUAUUUGACUUUAUUCAGUUUAUUUCAGUGAAAUCAUUUUAAAUGUAACUGUUUGUUUUAUCUCAGAUGCAGGUAUCACCUCACACCGAUCAUUACUGAUCAAUAAUCAGCAGUUUUUUCUCCUUUAUUUAUUUUUAUUAUGUCACUGAUUUUUUUAAAAUUCUGUUUAUGAAGUCUUUUAUGUAAAAAGUGUAUUAGUUGCUAUAGUAACGCCAGCUGUUAAUGCCAAGUUGCCUCUUUCUGGUUUUUUCAUGUUUUCUGCUUUUACCCUCCGUUUCCAUGGCGACCUGCUGACUCUUUUAUAAAACGCUGUAAAGUUUUUUAAUGAAAUGAUCGUCGUGGUUAAAAUGUGAUGAACACUUUUUAAAAUUCAGUUAAAUUAAAAUAUCAGA